UUGCAAGUGAAAUCUGACUUGUUUACUCGUCCACGUGCUGUUGCUAUCAUUGAAGUAGAUGGCAUUGAGAGCCUCGAUGUGGGAAAUAGUGGCAUUUAUAAGCUUAGGGAAGGAACUGCUGACUGGAAGCGACUAGACGAAAAAUUAGCGAGUGUUUUUGGCGCUGAAAGAGAAUUUGCAACAGUGGAUCGCAAAGGAACCUCCAAUAAAAUCAAAACGGAUAUCAUUGCUCUUCAAGAAGAGCUCCAGAAUGUUUAUCGACUUAUUGAUGCCGUGUCUGCUCGAAAGGCCAAAUUCGACGUAGCUAAUUCUGCUGAUGUUUAUCGCAUGAAGAUCAGUGGUCUUUCUGACGGGAACGCCAGCAAUAAGGAAAAAGCAGUUGAGGAUAUCAGAAAUGCUGUGAAUGAGCUUGCCACUGCCCUCAAGAAAGUUUACGGUGAUCAGGUAGUUGUUGAAGUUGUUUCUAAUCCAGUCAUGGUAAAGGAUGAAAAUCGUACUACCCAACAACCUGGUGAAGUGCGCACAAAGAGGGCGGUCCUCUACACGGUUGUGGGAAUGAUGAGCAUGGAUCCUAGUAAAGACUCGAUUAUAUAUCGUAUGACUACGACACGCAUGAAGAAAGCUUGA